UCGGUUCACUCUAGGGUUUUGGCUUUCCUCUCUCCUAUAUAAAAUCCGCCUCCGCCACAUCUUCGCCCCUUCCCUUGGCACCGCCUACCUGUAAUCUUCGCUCCCCCGCCGCCGCCGCCGCUUCGUCGCCACCGUCGCAAUGGCCCGGAUCAAGGUGCACGAACUCCGUGGGAAGAACAAGGCGGAGCUCCAGGGCCAGCUCAAGGACCUCAAGGCCGAGCUCUCCCUCCUCCGCGUCGCCAAGGUCACCGGCGGGGCACCCAACAAGCUCUCCAAGAUCAAGGUUGUGCGCACGUCGAUAGCGCGCGUGCUGACGGUGAUCUCGCAGAAGCAGAAGGCGGCUCUUCGUGAGGCGUACAAGAACAAGAAGCUACUCCCCCUCGACCUCCGCCCCAAGAAGACCCGCGCUAUCCGCCGCCGCCUCACCAAACAUCAGCUUUCUCUGAAGACAGAGAGGGAAAAGAAGCGUGAGAAGUAUUUCCCCAUGAGGAAAUAUGCCAUCAAGGCGUAGGUCUGCAACAUGAGAGUUACGUUUAGAGUUUCUUGAACUAGUAUGUUAUCAUGUAUGGACGCCUGUUGUGUUCUAAGUACAAUGUGAUGCUCCAUUUUGUCGAAUCUUUCGUUCAAGUACUUCCUUGUGCUGAGGUUGAUAUCUAAUUUUGCAUUAUCAUCUCAUUUUGUGGGGAUCGACAUGUUUUUAA